GGCACGCCGUGUAUCGCACUGAUAUGAUCUUUGAUCCUCGUCCCGUGUACUCGUGUAGCACGUGAGUAGAGGAAACCAGGGAGAGGACAGAAAGUUUUCACUUUCGUCUUUCAGUAUUCCACGUACAUGAAAGAAAUGGAUGAGGUCUUGCUUGAUUGUGCAAACGUUGUUUCGGAGGCAGCGACCAGCGAACAACCAAGCGACCAGGUUGUUACAGGACCUUCAGGUUACUCGACGAAGGACUCUGCAGAUACAUCUAGCCCUCCUCACAAGAAACUUAAGGUUAAGGGCCAUGCACAAAGGGAUACACAAGAAGAGAGGAGCAAUUACUUAAAGGAGUGGCGGGAGAUGAAGCGUGAAAGACAAAAAAAGAGACGCCAGAGGAAAAAUGAGAAGCUGGCAUUAAAACGGGCGAGCCUUGAAGUGAAACGUGCUAGCCUUGAAGUGGAACGUGCUUUGCUGGAGGCAAUGUUGGAGCGUAAUAUGCUCUUCAGGAAAUUGAAGCUGAGGGCAUCACAUGUCACAUCUGUGGAGGACAAUGGAGGAUUAGUGAUUGUGAUUAUAAACUGUAAUUGUGAGCUGUGAAUUUUGUGGUUAGUGAAAUUGUAAUUGUGAACUGUAUAUGUGAUUGUAAAUUGUGAUUGUAAAUUGUAUAUUGUGAUAUCCCACCCUCCAUCUGCCAUCCUGAUUUGGGUCUUCCAUGGUUUUCCCAGAUUGUCAGGCGAAUGCUAGGAUGGAUCCCUAAGUCCAUGGCAGUUGUUCCAAUACCCUUUGUGUUCUUGUAAUAUUGGAACAAUUAAAGUGUUAAAAAUGAAA